UCCAGAGCAGCUUAAAAAGGUAUCAGUUCAGGGUUAGCAGCUUCAACAAGGAUAAUACAUGUUGGGUCUGGAUAAAAAUGGCAGAAGAACAAAUCAGUCCUGAAGAGGAAUGGAAGGAAUAUCUGGAGGAGAGAAUGGAAGCGUUGCUCCUGCAGGAGUUAUUAAAGUGGGAAGAACAUCUCAGACAAGAAAGGAUGCUGAUCCUAGAGCUGGCUGAAGAAAAAAUUAAGAGAGUCAUGAGGAAGCUCCAAAAAGAAGAAAUUAAUGGGAUUGAAGAGGAGACCACUAUGGAUGGGAGGGAACAGAGUGAAGCAUGGAGAUGGCUGGAAAAACAGCUAAAGGAGGGGGUGAAGGGUGGUGGGGAGAUGAUAGGGGGGCAGGAAGAGAAGGAAAAGACUGAAGAAAAGGAGGAGUCAUGUAAACAGAAUAAUAAAGGGAGAGGGUUGCAGAUCAGAAUUACCAUGGCCCUGGUUAAAAUGAUGGAGACUCCUGUGAAGGAGAAAAAAGGCAAGGAGAAGGGACAGUGGAAGGAGUGGAAGAGUAGGGAGGAAGAAACCAAGGCAGAGAAAGUGGAGAAAAAAGGGAGGGAGAAGAAGGACCAAAGGCAGGACGAGUGUACUGAGUUAGAGAGAAAAGAGAGAGAGGUGGUGGAGGUGGACAGGCUGGAGAAUGAGGGAAACAACAGGAAAGUGGUGAUGGAAACGAAUAUAGAAGAAAACUGGGAGGAAAUAGAGAAAGAGAAGAAAACAGUGGCUGCAAUGAGGAGAGAGAUAUGGGGACGGAUGUAUGUGGGACAGCAGAGGACGGAGGGGACAGAGCAGAAGAAAGGAGUAAAGGUGGAUGACAUAGUCACGUGGAUGGAGCACACCAAGAAAGCAAUCCUGGACAUCAUAGGAGUGAUAUGGAAAGAACAGGAGGACGACACAAACACCAAGCUGUGGACCAGACCACCACGAACUCCAGAAGAGAUUGAGAAGAAUCAGGAGGAAAUAAGGAUGCUGUCUAUGAGCAAACCAAAGCUGCAGACAGAUUUCUCCAUAUUCAUGAUGAAUAGCUGAAGGACAACUGAAAACUUGUACAACAUCAGAUGGAAGAUAACCAUCAGCAGAUGAUGGCACACAUUACACUAUAACAUAA